AUGGCAGACAAGUUUCCUGAAAUCGACGUGGUUGCUCCAGAGGGCGAUGAUAUAUCCAACAGUGACUUUCUAUCGAGAGAGAAGGAGGCAUUGGGUGACGAAUUUGCCACACCACAAGACCAUGAGGUAAAUACAGGAGAUGACCAAGACGAUGAAUUUGAGGAUUUCAAGUCGCAGUUCCCAGAUGUCGAUAGUCAAGAGGCGACCAUUGCAGCAGCACCGCAGGGUGAAGAUACUAUGGAUGAUGCACAUGGUGAGGCAGAACCUCAAGGAGAGGACGUUGUCACUCCUGUUGUUAACCGGUUCGAGAAUCUCGAUUUAAACGAGAGUGAGCAUAUCAAGGAAUGGAAGAAGACACGUGAUCUAGAGAUCAGCAAAAGAGAUGAGAUUGCAGCACGUAAACUUGAAGAGAUCAAGAAGGAGGCAGAGAAGGCCAUUGACGAUUUCUACGAAAACUACAACAACAAGAAGGACGAUGCAAUUGCUGAAACUAAGAAGGAGGAAAAGGCGUUCCUUGAGAAGCGGGAGAAGUUCUUAGAGAAGGGCACUACCUGGGAUCGUGUUGUUGAGCUCCUCAAGUUAACCAAAAACUCCGAUGCCAUUGACGCAGAGAACUACAGAGACAAAACUCGUUUCAGAGACCUUUUGCUUGCCCUUAAAGGGAAGGAAAAUGUUCCUGGUGCGUCAGGUGUAUAG